GUCUUCCUGAGCGUGCAAGAUGGCCAUAAACGUCAUGAACUCGAGAAUUCCUGUGUCGGCUGUCUAUCGACUGACAAUACUUCGAAGAACCACAGUUGUAUCUCGUUUAGCGCACCCUGGGCCCCGCAACCGUACCUGUCACAGCGCGACAAUCUUCUCCACACCCAGAAGCUUCGAAAGCCGGCGGCCCUCGUGGAUUCUGAAUUUGAGGACUUUCGCUUCAAGCAGCAGACAGAUGGCAUUCUCAAACGAGGAGCUACGACAUGAAGGCACUCAAGAAGAGACUGCUGGAAGACAAGUUUCUCCACUGGUGACAACCUCGUGGUUGGCCGAAAACCUUUCCCGAGUGAUACCUGUAGAUGCCACGUGGUAUCUACAGCCGGACUCGUCCAUUGCAUCCAAGGGACGACGAAAAGAUGACAAUUGGGUGUUUGAUCCCGCGCAAGGAAUGAAGCCAAAGCAACCUGUAAAAGAUGCCCGCAAAGAAUAUGCCGAACGGCAUAUACAGGGAGCCCGAUUUUUUGAUAUCGAUCACAUUGCCGAUCGCCUGAGCUCCCUCCCUCAUAUGCUCCCAAGUCCCGAAGAGUUUGAGGAGCAUGUUGGCGCACUUGGCAUAACGGAGAACGAUCAUGUGGUUGUGUAUGAUUUGCAUGGGAUCUUCUCUUCUCCAAGGGUGUGGUGGACAUUCAAGGUCUUUGGACAUAGAAACGUGAGCGUGUUGGACGGGGGUUUGCCAAAGUGGCUACGAGAAGGACGACAUGUCACCAAUGAAGUCGACAAAGCCGUGAAAAGUACCUAUCGGGCCGAUUUUCAGGAGGACCUUGUUAUUGACUACCAAACUCUUCUUGUCCAUGUCACGGAUUUUAUGUAUGCCAAGAACUUCCAAAUUCUCGAUGCCCGUCCACGUGGAAGGUUUGCCGGGUUUACUGCGGAGCCUCGCGCUAGUCUUCCUUCUGGUCAUAUACCCUCCGCAAUCAACAUACCCGCCAGCGAGCUCAUCGAUCCCGAGACGAAGACAAUGCUUCCUCCCCAGGAAAUACUUCGUCGAAUGUUCAUCGACAAUGUGGAUCUUGAUAGGCCGAUUGUCACAAUGUGUGGGAGCGGAGUUACUGCUGCGACGGUGUUUUUGGCCUUGGAGAUAGUGGGUAAAACGGGUGAUGUCAAGUUGUAUGAUGGAAGCUGGACCGAAUGGGCCAGCAAGAGCAAAAGUCCUAUCAAAACAUGGACCUAAGACUCUGGCUGCAAUGCAGAUAUACGGUGUACUUGAGACGACGGAAUUGACUUUGACCGAAUUACCAUCACAUAAAUGUGUUUGCAAGCAUGGGCGUACAAUCCAUAUUAUAGGCCGUAGCCGCAAAGUCAGCGAUUACAGUGCUACUUGUGUUUGCCAAUCCUGGUUGUCACCCGGUAUGCUAUCCAGUAGUCUAAGGGAAUGUUGACAUGUGGUCAUUGCAUGUUUAGUCAUGAGCUACAUUGAACAGUGGAACAGAGGAUUCUGGUUGGCACUUCAGCUGUCGUGG